ACCGGAACAUGGUGACUGGUUGCUAGUCUUUACGUACAGUCUAUGGCUAAAUGUCCCUGACGGUCAGACUGUCGUAGAUAACAGCGGAAUUUAAAGGACAUAUUUGUGUCGCAUUGUUUUUCUUUGUGGGAACAGCGCUAUAUUUACAAUUAAUACACGUCGGACCGUUCAGACUACAAAUAUAUUUGAAUAUACAGUGUUGUCUGGCUGUCUUAAAACUCCUGAGCCGGUGUGACUGAAGUGAUGCAACAUGGCAGCAGCUGCUGUCAAUAGGUGUUUUCUUUCAGCAUUGAGGACACACAGUCGGUGUCAGAGCCGUGGACUUAACUCUCUGGCGGAGAGGACAGUCGGCCGGGUGUCCUCUGUUGUUAUAUGUCAGCACAGGGGGGCAGAAGGAGACACGAGCCUGGACAGGAGAGCUCCUGCCUGGGAGAGGAGAGAUGGUCGGAACAACAGUAACAGCAGCAGGUCUCCUCUGCUCAGGUCAGUGUCGGUGGGUCUGGGACUGUGCGGUGCGGCGCUGUUGGACAGUCCUAAAGACGAAAAAGAAAUGGACAGAAAAGUCCCUGUAUCCGGACGGGUUCUUGAACACAUCCUGCCUUCAGCCCAGUGCGCUUCUCCCUUUAAACCCGACAGCCCCAGGUAUAAAUACAACUUCAUUGCAGAUGUGGUCGAGAAGUCCACUCCAGCUGUCGUGUACAUUGAAAUCAUAGGCAGACAUCCAUUUUCUGGAAAAGAAAUCCCAGUGUCCAACGGCUCUGGUUUCAUCAUCAGCAGUGAUGGUCUCAUCGUCACCAAUGCCCAUGUUGUGGCCAACAAGAGAGGCGUCCGUGUGAAGCUCACCAACGGGGAGACGUACCACGCCACUGUGCAGGAUGUUGAUCAAGUGGCAGAUAUUGCCACCAUCAAAAUCACAGCAAACAAUCCUUUACCCACACUCACCCUCGGUCGGUCGUCCGACGUUCGACAGGGAGAGUUUGUGGUCGCCAUGGGGAGCCCGUUUGCUUUACGGAAUACGAUCACAUCAGGAAUCGUCAGCUCUGCACAGAGACGCAGUAAAGAGCUGGGUCUGUCCAACUCCAACAUGGACUACAUACAGACAGAUGCAACCAUAGACUUUGGAAAUUCUGGAGGUCCCCUGAUUAACUUGGAUGGCGAAGUCAUCGGUAUAAACACCAUGAAGGUCACAGCAGGGAUCUCCUUUGCUAUUCCAUCCGAUCACCUGAGACUUUUCCUUGAACGAGCUGCAAAAAGAAAGAGUUCUCAGUUUAACGAGUUGGAGACAAGGCAGCGAUACAUUGGUGUAAUAAUGCUGACACUGACGCCGAGCAUCAUUGCUGAGUUGAAGUUUAAAGACCCGUCCUUCCAAGAUGUGACACAUGGCAUCCUGAUUCACAGUGUCAUCAUGGGCUCCCCGGCCUACAGAGCUGGUGUGCUACCAGGAGACGUGGUGGUGGAGAUGAACGGAGUGACGGUGAACACUUCAGAGGAGAUCUACCAGGCCGUCCACAACAACGACAAAAUCACCAUGGUGGUGCAGAGAGGGCACAAGCUGCUUCGCCUGCAAAUGACUCCAGAGUACACAGAGUAACACACAGACCGUCACACAUGAGUAGCUCUCACGUACACAAGAGAAGAAAACUGUGAAACCUGGUGGUGACGGUGACCAGCAGAUGAAGAUGUGUUUGAUUGUGCUCCAGAUUUUGUUAAAAAUAUUUUGUUGUCAUUGCAAAGGAAAUCAUCUGAGACUACAGUGUUAAAGUAAUAAUAGGUGUUUCAAGUCAUACAUCAGGUCAAGUAUUGCCCGUCCAAACAGCAAAUGGCUGUUGACAACACAGUGAUUUCAAAGUAAUUUCUCAAACGCAAACAUCAUAAACCUGCCAGGAUCUAAACUUAGAUGAAUAAACAGCCCAGAGUGUAUCCCCAGGUUUGUCUGAGUACAAUAAAUAAAAACUGUUUU